GAGUGGGCUUGUAUCCGGCUGUUGGAGGCCAGGUUCCUACGACCCUCGGUUGCGGUGCAGUUCGUGAGCGCUCCGGAGAGGAAGGGUCCGCAGCGAGGAGCACUCUGCCCCGGAAGUUCUACUAGGAGGCGGCCGGGAGGUGACCCUUCCCUGUCAUUUGCAGAUGGACCCUGUGCGGACCUCCCUGUCUACCUUGGGCCAGCCCAGGACAGUAUCAGUGCAAGCCCUCUAAGGUUUGCUGUGUCCCACAAGGGUUCAAGGCGCGGCUUCUGCGUACCUUGACGCCCCAUGCUGUUCUUCCUGCAGUCACACCGGUUCAUUUCCUUGACUGCUCGUGUAGAUGGAUAUCGGUGCACUUCUGUGAACGUCCACCUCUUUCUGAGGACCAGUUAGGGUACAUGGAAAAGUUGGUCUCUGCCGAUGAAUGUGGAUUUCGCGCGAGGUGGCAUGCUGAUUCAGCCUGUCUCCUUUCUAAGGCAGUCAGGAAGGAUCUGGGAUAGCUAACAGUAAUCUGAUCUGCACAACUAUUGUCCAUUAGUUCUCUAUUCCUAAAGAUGCGUUUAGUCUGAUCCAUACUUACUCCCAUUAACAUUUUUUGUGAUAUUACACACCCCUCGACUCUUCUGCAGCUAUAUGGCAGUUUUGACAUUGCUAUCUUGAUAUAACACCUUAUCUGUUAAAAUUGUGAGUGAGGUGCUGUUCUAAAAUCUAAAUAUUGCAAAGAUCUCAUAAUGUGACAAGGUAUCUAAAGUACACAGAAAAAGCUACAAUAAGCAAUGUGGGGAUGAAUAAAGACAGCAAGCACUAUAUUUACCCUUAUAAGUAAAUAUAGUAAUUCAGUUUUCUGUUUUGCAUCCUAUCAUAGUGUCUUUCCCCGUGUUUUUAAUGAUAGUGUGACCUGGGCCAGUUUGAGUAGGACAAAAGAGGAACAUGAUUAGGGUCAUGAUGACUGGAGGUAAUGGUACCAAAAGAGUAUUGUCAAGCUUGUUUUCCUGGAUACAGAAUAGAAAAAUACAGUGGUGGCUAGGGGAGAAUAAGAAGUCACAGGAUGUGGAUUUUUUUGUUAAUGCUUAAAGAUAAGAGUACUGGAAAUUGUAUGUUAUGCUAAGUGUCCAAGGGAAGGAGAAAUUUUUACUGUGUAGGCCAGAGAGAGACAGACUGAGACCUGAUCACCAUUCUAGCAGUCACUCCAGUGUGAUGGACCAUAUGGCUUUUUACAAUGUCACUGAGCUGGAGAUGCUACUUCAUAUUAAAGUAUAUUAAGGAGGUGGAGAGAUGGCUCAGCUCCUAAGAGAACUGUCUGCUCAUCCAGAGGGCUUGAAUUCAAUUCCCAGCAACCAUAUGAUGGCUUACUACCUUCUAUCCUAGGAUCUUAUGCCCUCUUCUGGCAUGCAGGUGUACAUACAGAUAGAGCACUCAUUUACAUAAAAAAAUCCUUUAAAAAAAGCCUCAUGACUAGCCAUGCACUGUCCUGUGUUUAGAAUAGUGCUUCCACAAUAAUUACUCUAUAAAUGUUCCAAUAAAUAGCCUUCUUUCAACUUAUGCAUUUAUGAGCGAGAAAUAUAUUCUAAAAAUGGAACAUCAAAUCACUGCCACAUUAGAAGUUAAUAAUUCUUAACUUUAAAAUCACAGCUCCUUUACUUGUUUUCUGCAUCUCUGUCUUGGAACACUACUGGCCACCGGUAAUUUUCUUUUUCUUUUUUUUUUCUUUUUCAUCUUUAUUAACUUGAGUAUUUCUUAUUUACAUUUUGAUUGUUAUUCCCCUUCCCAGUUUCCUAGCCAACAUCCCCCUAACCCUCCCUCUCCCCUUCUCUACAGGUAUUCCCCUCCCCAUCCACCGACAUUACCACCCUCCCCCCCAAGAAUCACGUUCACUGGGGGUUCAGUCUUGGGAGGACCAAGUGCUUCCCCUUUUACUGGUGCUCUUACUAGGCCAUUCAUUUCAACUUAUGCAGUUGGAGCCCAGGGUCAGUCCAUGUACACUCUUUGGGUAGUGGCUUAGUCCCUGGAAGCUCUGGUUGGUUGCCAUUGUUGUUCACAUGGGGUCUCAAGCCCCUUCGAUCUCUGUCAGUCCUUUCUCUGAUUGCUUCAACGGGGGUCCCGUUCUCAGUUCAGUGGUUUGCUGCUGGCAUUCCCCUAUAUAUUUGCUGUAUUCUGGCUGAGUCUCUCAGGAGAGAUCUACAUCUGGUUCCUGUCGGCCUGUACUUCUUUGCUUCAUCCAUCUUGUCUAAUUGGGUGACUGUAUAUGUAUGGGCCACAUGGGGGGCAGACUCUGAAUGGGUGUUCCUUCUGCCUCUGUUUUAAUCUUUGCCCCCCUAUUCCCUGCCAAGGGUAUUCUUGUUCCCCUUUUAAAGAAGGAGUGAAGCAUUCGCAUUUUGAUCACCCAUCUUGAGUUUCAUAUGUUCUGUGCAUCUAGGGCAAUUCAAGCAUUUAGGCUAAUAGACACUUAUCAAUGAGUGCAUACCAUGUGUGUUUUUCUGUGAUUGCGUUAGCUCACUCAGGAUGAUAUUUUCCAGUUCCCUCCAUUUGUCUAUGAAUUUCAUAAAGUCAUUGUUUUUGAUAGCUAAGCAAUAUUCCAUUGUGUAGAUGUACCACAUUUUUUGUAUGCAUUCUUCUGUUGAAGGGCAUCUGGGUUCUUUCCAGCUUCUGGCUAUUAUAAAUAAGGCUGCUUUAAACAGAGUGGAGCAUGUGGCUUUGUUAUAUGUUAGGGUAUCUUUUGGAUAUAUACCCAAGAGAGGUAUAGCUCGGUCCUCAGGUACUUCAAUGUCCAAUUGUCUGAGGAACCUCCAGACUGAUUUCCAGAAUGGUUGUACCAGUCUGCAAUCCCACCAACAAUGGAGGAGUGUUCCUCUUUCUCCACAUCCUCACCAGCAUUUGCUGUCGCCUGAGUUUGUGAUCUUACCCAUUCUCACUGGUGUAAGGUGAAAUCUCAGGGUUGUUUUGAUUUGUAUUUCCCUUAUGACUAAAGAUGUUGAACAUUUCUUUAGGUGUUUCUCAGCCAUUCGGCAUUCCUCAGCUGUGAAUUCUUUGUUUAGAUCUGAACCCCAUUUUUUAUUUGUUUGGUUUUUUUUUUUUUCCUGGAGCUGGGGACGGAACCCAGGGCCUUGAGCUUGCUAGGCAAGUGCUCUACCACUGAGCUAAAUCCCCAACCCCCCAUUUUUUAAUAGGGUUAUUUGUCUCCCUGCGGUCUAACUUCUUGAGUUCUUUGUAUAUUUUGGAUAUAAGCCCUCUAUCUGUUGUAGGAUUGGUAAAGACCUUUUCCCAAUCUGUUGGUUGCUGUUUUGUCCGAACCACAAUGUCCUUUGCCUUACAGAAGCUUUACAGUUUUAUGAGAUCGCAUUUGUUGAUUCUUGAUCUUAGAGCAUAAGCCAUUGGUGUUUUGUUCAGGAAAUUUUUUCUAGUGCCCAUGUGUUCGAGAUGCUUCUCCACUUUUUCUUCUAUUAGUUUGAGUGUAUCUGAUUUGAUGUGGAGGUCCUUGAUCCACUUGGACUUAAGCUUUGUACAGGGUGAUAAGCAUGGAUCGAACUGCAUUCUUCUACAUGUUGACCUCCAGUUGAACCAGCACCAUUUGCUGAAAAUGUUAUCUUUUUUCCAUUGGUUGGUUUUGGCUCCUUUGUCAAAAAUCAAGUGACCAUAGGUGUGUGGGUUCAUUUCUGGGUCUUCAAUUCUAUUCCAUUGGUCUGUCUGUCUGUCUCUGUACCAAUAACAUGCAGGUUUUAUCACUACUGCUCUGUAAUACUGCUUGAGUUCAGGGAUAGUGAUUCCUCCAGAAGUCCUUUUAUUGUUCAGGAUAGAUUUAGCUAUCCUGUGUAACUAAAUUUGAAUUUGCAAAUUGUUCUGUCUAACUCUUUGAAGAAUUGGAUUGGUAUUUUGAUGGGGAUUCCAUUGAAUCUGUAGAUCACUUUUGGUAAAAUGGCCAUUUUUACUAUAUGAAUCCUGCCAAUCCAUGUGCAUGGGAGAUCUUUCCAUCUUCAAUUUCUUUCUUCAGAAGUUUGAAGUUCUUAUUGUACAGAUCUUUUUAUUUGCUUGGUUAAAGUCACACCGAGGUAUUUUAUAUUAUUUGGGACUAUUAUGAAGGGUGUCGUUUCCCUAAUUUCUUUCUCGGCUUGUUUCUCUUUUGUGUAGAGGAAGGCUACUGAUUUAUUUGAGUUAAUUUUAUACCCAGCCACUUUGCUGAAGUUGUUUAUCAGCUUUAGUAGUUGUCUGGUCGAACUUUUGGGAUCACUUAAAUAUACUAUCAUGUCAUCUGCAAAUAGUGAUAUUUUGACUUCUUCUUUUCCUAUCUGUAUCCCCUUGACCUCCAUUUGUUGUCUGAUUGCUCUGGCUAGAACUUCAAGAACUAUAUUGAAUAAGUAGGGAGAGAGUUAUUUCCUGCCUUCUACUCCUCCUGGAUGUAUUUGAUUUCUUUUGUUCUAGAGCUUUUAGGUGUGCUGUCAAGCUGCUGAUAUAUGCUCUCUCCUGUUUCUUUCUGCAGGCACUCAGAGCUAUGAGUUUUCCUCUUAGCACAGUUUUGUUGUGCCUCAAAAGUUUGUGUAUGUUGCACCUUCAUUUUCAUUGAAUUCUAAGAAGUCUUUAAUUUCUUUCCUUAUUUCUUCCUUGACCAGGUUUUCAUUGAAUAGAACAUUGUUCAACUUCAAUGUAUAUGUGGUCUUUCUCCCUUUAUUGUUAUUGAAGACCAGCUUUAGCCCGUGGUGGUCUGAUAGGACUCAUAGGAUUAUUUCUGUCUUCCUGUAUCUUUUGAGGCCUGUUUUUUGACCAAUUAUAUGGUAAAUUUUGGAGAAAGUAUCAUGAGGUGGUGAGAAGAAGGUAUAUCAUUUUGUUUUAGGAUAGAAUGUUCUAUAAGUUAAGUCCAUUUGGUUCAUGACUUCUCUUAGUUUGUCUGUGUCUCUGUUUGAUUUCUGUUUCCAUGAUCUGUCCAUUGAUGAGAGUGGGGUGUUGAAGUCUCCCACUAUUAUUGUGUGAGGUCCAAUGUGUGUUUUGAGCUUUAGUAAGGUUUCUUUUAUGUAUGUAGGAGCCCUUCCAUUUGGAGCAUAGAUAUUUAGGAUUGAGAGUUCAUCUUGGUGGAUUUUUCCUUUGAUGAAUAUGAAGUGUCCUUCCUUAUCUUUUUUGAUGACUUUUAGUUGAAAAUUGAUUUUAUUUGAUAUUAGAAUGGCUACUCCAGCUUGCUUCUUCAGACCAUUUGCUUGGAAAGUUGUUUUCCAGCCUUUCACUCUGAGGUAGUGUCUGUCUUUUUCUCUGAGGUGUGUUUCCUGUAGGCAGCAGAAUGCAGGGUCCUCGUUGCAUAUCCAGUUUGUUAAUCUAUGUCUUUUUCUUGGGGAGUUGAGUCCAUUGAUGUUGAGAGAUAAUAAGGAAUAGUGAUCGUUGCUUCCUGUUAUAUUCGUAUUUGGAUGUGAGAUUAUGUUUGUUUCCUUUUCUUCUCUUUGUUUUGUUGCCAAGACAAUUAGUUCCUUGCUUUUUCAAGGGUGUAGCUUGCCUUCUAAUGUUGGGCUUUACCAUUUAUUAACCUUUUUAGAGCUGGAUUUGUAGAAAAAUAUUGUGUAAAGUUGGUUUUGUCAUGGAAUAUCUUGGUUUCUCCAUCUCUGUUGAUUAAGAGUUUUGCUGGAUACAGUAACAUGGGCUGGCAUGUGUGUUAUUUUAGGGUCUGUAUGACAUCUGUCCAGGAUCUUCUGGCUUUCAUAGUCUCUGGUGAGAAGUCUGGUGUGAUUCUGAUAGGUCUGCCUUUAUAUGUUACUUGACCUUUUUCCCUUACUGCUUUUAAUAUUCUUUCUUUGUUUUUUGCAUUUGGUCUUUUGACUAUAAUGUGACGGGAGGAGUUUCUUUUCUGGUCCAAUCUGUUUGGAGUUCUGUAGGCGUCUUGUAUGUUUAUGAGCAUCUCUUUCUUUAGGUUAGGGAAGUUUUGUUCUAUGAUUUUGUUGAAGAUAUUUACUGGUCCUUUGAACUGGGAAUCCUCACUCACUUCUAUAUUUAUUAUCCUCAUGUUUGAUCUUCUCAUUGAAUCCUGGAUUUCCUGUAUGUUUUGGACCAGUAGCUUUUUCCAUUUUACAUUAUCUUUGACAGUUGUGUCGAUGAUUUCUAUGGAAUCUUCUGCUCCUGAGAUUCUCUCUUCUAUCUCUUGCAUUCUGUUGGUGAUGCUUGUAUCUUCGGCUUCUUAUCUCUUCCUUUGUUUUUCUAUAUCCAGGUUUGUCUCCCGUUUUGCUUUCUUUAUUGCUUCUAUUUCCAUUUUUAAUUCCUUCAACUGUUUGUGUUUUCCUGGAAUUCUUUCUGGGAUUUUUGUGAUUCCUCUCUGUAGGCUUCUACUUGUUUAUUUAUGUUUCCCUGCGUUUCUCUAAGGGAGUUCUUUAUGUCUUUCUUGAAGUCCUCCAUCAUCAUGAUAAAAUGUCAUUUUAAAUGUAGAUCUUGCUUUUCUGGUGUGUUUGGAUAUUCAGUAUUUGCUUUGGUGGGAAAAUUGGCCUCCGAUGAUGCCAUGUAGUCUUGGUUUCUGUUUCUUGGGUUCCUGAACUUGCCUCUCGCCAUCAGGUUGUCUCUGGUGUUACCUUGUUCUGCUAUUUCUGACAGUUGCUAGAAUGUCCUAUAGGCCUGUGUGUCAGGAGGGCUAUAGACGUGUUUUCCUGUUUUCUUUCAGCCAGUUAUGGAAACAGUGUUCUGGUUUUGGGGGUGUAGUCUUUCCUGUCUACUGGUCUUCAGCUGUUCCUGUGGGCCUGUGUCCUGAGUCCACCGGGAAGGUCGCUUGGAGCAGAAAAGUUGGUCUUACCCGUGGUCCCGUGGCUGAAGUUGCUCCUGGGGGGCUGCUUUUGAGCUCUCUGUGAGGGCAGCAACCAGGAGGUCCUGUGCUGCCUUUUCCCAGGGCCCCCGUGCACCAGGGUCCCAGAUGGCAUUUCCUAUGGAGUCAGAAAUUUCUAAGAACAGGUGGAAUUGGCUAUGGAUAAGUCAUACAAUUUAAAUGAACAAAGCUCAUGGAAUGGUAUCUCAUCUGAAAAGAAAAAGAAUUUCCUUGCAUCAGAAGAUCAUGGACAGAAAAUCUUAAGUGUACUACAAAGUUUUAGAGAACAGAAUGUCUUUUAUGACUUCAAAAUAAUCAUGAAAGAAGAAAUAAUCCCAUGUCAUCGUUGUGUGUUGGCAGCAUGCAGUGACUUUUUCAGGGCUAUGUUUGAAGUAAACAUGAAAGAAAGAGAUGACGGAAGUGUUACCAUUACUAACUUGUCCUCCAAAGCUGUAAAAGCAUUUCUUGACUAUGCCUAUACCGGAAAAACAAGAAUAACAGAUGAUAACGUGGAAAUGUUCUUCCAGUUGUCAUCCUUUCUUCAAGUUUCCUUCCUGUCCAAAGCUUGCAGUGACUUUUUAAUAAAAAGCAUCAGUCUGGUCAAUUGUUUGCAUUUGUUAUCUCUGUCAGACAGCUACGGCUCUGCCCAGUUGUUCAGUCACACUUUAUAUUUUGUGCAACAUCACUUUCAUUUGUUGUUCAAAUCCAGAGACUUUUUAGAGAUGAAUUUUGGAGUGCUGCAAAAGUGUCUGGAAUCAGAUGAAUUGAAUGUACCUGAAGAAGAAAUGGUCCUGAAGGCUGUCCUCACAUGGAUUAAAUACAAUGUAGAGUCCAGGCAAAAGCACCUGCCUCACUUGAUUGCAAAAGUAAGAUUACAUCAGUUAUCUGAGGCCUCACUUCAAGACUGUUUGCUCAAUGAAGAGUAUUUACUCAAAAGCACAAACUGUUUUGAGACAAUCGUGGAUGCUAUUAAACGUGUGCAAGGUUCUAGUGGCCUCUUUCCUGAUGCUCGACCAUCAACAACUGAAAAAUAUAUAUUCAUCCAUAAAACUGAGGAAAAUGGAGAAAAUCAAUAUACAUUUUGCUAUAAUAUUAAAACUGACUCCUGGAAAAUAUUGUCACAAUCACAUCUGAUUGAUUUGCCAGGAUCUAGUCUGUCUAGCUAUGGAGAGAAAAUAUUCUUGACAGGGGGUUGCAAAGGAAAGUGCUGUAGAAAGGUUCGACUUCAUAUUGCAGAGUCUUACCAUGAUGCCACUGACCAGACCUGGUGCUACUGUCCAAUAAAAAAUGAGUUUUUCUUCGUUUCAACCAUGAAAACCCCAAGAACCAUGCAUACAUCAGUCACGGCUCUCAAUCGAUUAUUUGUUAUAGGUGGAAAGACUAGAGGAUCCCAGGACAUUAAAAGUCUCUUAGAUGUUGAAUCUUAUGAUCCACUGUCCAAAGAGUGGACAUCAGUUAGCCCUUUACCCAGAGGCAUCUAUUACCCAGAAGCCAGUGCAUGCCAGAAUGUCAUUUAUGUCCUUGGAUCUGAGGUAGAGAUUGCCGAUGCUUUCAAUCCAUCACUUGAUUGCUUUUUUAAAUACAAUGCUACAACUGACCAGUGGUCUGAACUAGUAGCAGAGUUUGGGCAGUUUUUUCAUGCUACUUUAAUUAAAGCUGUCCCAGUAAACUGCACCCUUUAUAUAUGUGAUCUUUCCACCUAUAAGGUGUAUAGUUUUUGUCCUGAUACUUGUGUUUGGAAAGGAGAAGGCUCUUUUGAGUGUGCAGGCUUUAAUGCAGGUGCAAUUGGGAUUGAGGAUAAGAUUUACAUAUUAGGUGGAGACUAUGCACCAGAUGAGAUCACAGAUGAGGUGCAGGUCUACCACAGUAGUAGGUCAGAGUGGGAAGAGGUGUCACCAAUGCCAAGAGCUUUAACUGAAUUUUACUGUCAGAUCAUUCAGUUCAACAAAUACAGGGACCCAUGGUAUUCUAAUCAUUUCUAAAAGUAAUAUUUGCAUGAGUGCUCUAAAAUUAUGCCUGGUACAAUUGGUUAAAAUUAUAUUAUUAUAUCUUAGCACAAUAAAAUGCUCCUUCUAUUAAAGAACAACUAUCGAUAUAUGCUGUCCCAGAAGUUUAAAAUAUGAAAUACAUUUUGCCAACAUUUUAUUGAAUAUAAAUUCAUCUUGAAUAAUCCAGAACAUGUAAUAUUUUCUUGUGUAGAUAAAAAUUACAGAUUUAUGCCUGUUAAAUCUAUAAAAGGAUGGAAAAUAUUAGUGUUCACAAAUGUGUACUUUAUAGAAGGAAAAAUUUUUCUGAAGUGAAAGUUGCUUAUAUACUGCAUAUUAUAUGACAUGAAGAUAAAUUAGAAAUAGAUGAGAAAUUCACAUUGUACACCGUAGGUGUAAGAAUUGAAUUCCUACUGUUUUCUGCUUGCUGGUUAAAUGGUUUCACUUCACCUUUGUGUGGCUAGAAAUUUGCCAAAAUACACUUUUUCAUCCUUCUGGUCAACACACCAAGAAUAGUUUGGCUUUACUAUUAUUGUGUAUAAUAUUAUGUACAUGCACUAUAUCUUUUUUACUAAGAAGGUAUUGGAGCACAUUAAAUUGCUAAGUUGCAGCUAAUUUUUUUUUAAAUUUCUGGUUCUAUUUGUUUUCACUGUCAUCUUGAGACUUAGCUUUAGUUACAACUUGGCACUCAUUUUCUGGUUCACAUUUAAUAGAUUUAAAAUCGUUUUACAUUUUUUUAUUUAACUAUCAUUCUAAAUUGCACCAAGCCUGAGUGUUAUCUUAACAUAUAACUCACUGAGUGAUGUCCUUACAAUGUGAAAUGAUACUUUAAAAAUACUUUUUCUACAAUAUUAGUGUCUGUUCCCCAACAUAAAUGAUAUAGAAAUUUCUACCUUUAAGAAAUUGGUCAUUAUUAAGUCGGCAUAGCAAGUAGUAGGUUUUCUUGUGGUUUAUUUUUUAUUCAUGUUUGUCAUUAUAUUUUAUUUCCUAUUCCAUAGCCCUCUCCAAUUGCCUCCAAGUCCUGUUCUAGCUUUCCUGCGGGAAAGUCUCCCUUUUGUUUUCAGUUUACACCCAUUCUGUAGUACUCUCUUCUCCCUUAAAAUUGCUUCCUUCAGAGCCAUCUCUCUCUCUCUCUCUCUCUCUCUCUCUCUCUCUCUCUCUCUCUCUCUCUCACACACACACACACACACACACACUCAUAAACAUAUAUAUAUGUAAUGUUGCACACAUAUAGAAACAUCUAGAUUUAGUAUGAGAGAAGAAAACAUACAAUAUUUGUCUCUCUGGAUUUGGCUAAUUUUACUUUCCAUAUUACCUCUAGUUCCAUCCAUUUUCAUACAGUUGCUCUGAUUUCAUUCUUGACAACUGAGUAUAAUUUCAUUAUGCAUAGACCCAAUAUUUUCUAUAACCAUUCAUUGUUGGUCAUCUAGACUGGUUCCUGAGUGCUGUGAACAAUGUAACAAUAAACAGAAAAGUUCACUAAUCCCUUAUAUGUUUAACCUGGAGCUGCAGUGAGAUUCCAGGGUUUAGCAUAUAGCAUGGGCGCUAAAUUUAAACCAUCAUGUUGUUUUACAACUUCAGCAAAAUAUUCCAAGUUAAUUAAUCGUGCAAAGAAAUGAUAGAACUUUUGAUAUCAAUAAUUUCAAAAUGUAUGUUUAUGUCAGCUUUAACGAGAGAAUAAGCAUCCUUGUUUCUGAAAAAAAAAAAGUUGUUCUGCUGUGCAAGAGGCAUGCUUUAAUUGCUUGAAAAGAUAUUGGCAUUUUAGGUUUUAAGACCACUGAUUUACAUCUCAGAAAUCAUAUAGUUUGCAUAACUCAGAAUUAGUGUCAUUUCCUAUGCUACAUUUGUAAAUCUUAAUUUGUGGUAACUUUGCAAAUAAAAUUUACCUAAGUGAAAAUACUUUUACACAUGAAAGUAUGAAUUUUCAGGUGUAUUUUCAAAAUCAAAGUAUAUUUUCAUGCAGCUUCAAAAUCAGACUCUCAGAUGUCAGUCACAGAGUAUAUUCUUUUUAAGCUCACAGACAGGGUUCUCUGCUCUUUCUUUUAUGUACUUAAUAAAAAGAAAGCUCAGUAGAUGUUCCUCUGGCAUUCUUAAAGCCAGUAAUGAUGAGUCACUUAUAUGGGGCUGUUAAGUAUUUCUUAGUGCAGUGUGUUUAAAUAAUAAUGUUAAUAAAUCUAGGAAUAAACCAUUUCUUCCAAAAAGGAAAAACAGAAGCAAAAACAAUCCCCUCCCAACAGUGUUACAUUAUCAAAUCCUCUUCUUUUUUUGCUAUUCUUGUUGACCAUUGGCUUAUGGUAGUGUCUCUUGACAUAUCCUUGUUAUCAAGACCCAACUGGCUCCAUCUACUUGGGAUUUGUUGCCUUUACUUAUGCUGGUUUUUGGCUUAGUUCUAUUACUUUGUUUGCUUUUUAAACAUGUUCAUUAUGUUAUUGUGAAGAAAAUACUAUAUCCAAUUAUAAAGCCCAUUUCCUUACCACCACAGGCAUAGGCUUAGUUCCACUAAUGUCAAGAUGCCAUUUCAUCUAACUUCACUGAUGGGGGAAAAUGGUCCUAUGAUUAGCAUCUCCAGAACCACACUGGAUCCAUGACUAAGCCAGUUACAUCUCUGUCCCAUGGCUAAAUUAGUACAUCCUGUGGUCUUGCCAGGCACUAUGACCUUGUUACCUAAGAACAGCAUUUAUCACUGUGGCUCUCUGCAUUCUGGUUUUCUAACAUGCAAAUUUCUGUGAUCUCUGAAGUCUAUUCACAAAUAUGGCAUCUUUUUAUGACAUCUCUCAGUUUUUUCUUUCUUCUUAAAUUCUGUUUUCCUUUCCUUAUGGCCUGUACUGAGUACUACAGUGUAACAAACAAAAUACUGAAGCACACUACUGAGACUGUUGUCAUUCCUGUGGGGAAAAAUUUUCUUAACAUUUCUCCAUUACAUUUUGUCUUGUUUUACCUCAUUAGAGUAUGUAUAUAGAAGUAUUUGAAUAUUAUCUCCUGAAUUUGAAAGUAUAUAUAUAUAUAUGUAUAUAUAUAUCUGUGUGUGUGUGUAUAUAUAUGUAUAUAUAUAUAAUUAUUAAAUAUAGAAAAGGAUUAACAUAUGAAAUGAAUUCAAAGUUAAUGGACAUUCCUGUAGUGAUCUUCAAACCUGAGUUAAAAUGUGGUCCACCUUUGUUCAGGUAGUGUCUUAAGGAAGAGUAGUUGCAUAAUCAAAAUUGUCUAAAAUCCCAUAACACUUAAUUCUGCAUUGGUAUAGACUAUGCAUGAAAACUGGGUUGUUUGAGGGCAACCACAGAUUGAAACAAUAUUCCGUUUUUCGUAUACUAAGAAAAAUUGAAUAUAUGUUCAUUGUGUUUGGCUCAAGUUUGCAUUUGACAACCAAGUCUAAUAUACAAUUAUAUAUCUGUUUAAUAUCUUGAUAAUCUGAAGCAAUAAAUUUUGUAGCAAUUACAUACAUACUAGAAUAUAGAGUGUUACUUUGGGAUCAUUGUCAGAUUGAUCGAAUCCAUUGUUCUGUGAGCUUCACUCUUCUGUAUUUGAAAUUAAAAUAUAAGUUUAAGAAAUGUCUCCAAGAGAGCAACUCCAAAAGGUAACCCUUCACAGUAAGAUCUAGACUUUACAGGAAAGCAUGUUUACAUUCAAUAUAGCAUUAGUUGAACUUUAUAAUCUCUUUAGGAUGAAACUAUUACUAAAACACUUUAACUUCUGAUUUUAAUUGUUUUACCUUCUUGAGACUUGUUAAAAAUAGGACUUGAUUUUAUUGAAGGGAAAUUUUCUUCCCUUCAUCUCUUACUCCUUUUUUUUAUUUUCUUCUAUCAUUCUGGAAGAGCUCCUAACUGAGUAAAAACAAAGACCAAAUCAAAAACAAAUUCUAUGAAUUUUUAUCUCCCUGACAUGGUACUUACAUAAACAAAGGUGGUGAUAGCCUAUCUUUAUAUUUAAAAUUUAAAGUGUGUUCAUAGAUUACAUUUGAUGGCCUAAUGCCUAUUCAAAUUCAUACCAAAAUUUAAUCAGGAUGAUAAUAAGCAUUAACUCUCUUAAGUUACAGUUGUACAUUCAAAGUGAAUGUAAUCUUGGAAUAAAAUAUGGUGUUGAAAAUCUUUCUACCUUAAACAUUUUGGCCACACGGUUUUUGUCUUACAGUUUAUAGUUCAUUGCUUUCCAAGGUAAAGAAUUACUAUACUGAUUCCAAGUGAUUACCUUUGAAAGUUCUGCUGACACUGAAAGUAACUGCCAACAGUAAUGUGAACUUCCAUACUUGAUUUCAAAUUGUUGUUUCUGCAUGUCAGUCAUUCAAGUACUUGGAACAGUACCAUGUUUCUUACUUUCACAAAGUACAUCCUCAUUUUCCUUCUUAUUUAAGGGCUCAACACUUUGACUUCUGCAUCAGUGGCCAAGUUACAUUUCUCUUUAUAAGGUUGCCACAGAGACUUUCUCUUCAUUGUGGUGCUGUGUUGUUGGGUCGAGCCUAGCAAACUUUGUAGAAUUUUUCAUGGGAGGAUUUUACCUAACUUUCUAGUGCUAGUGAACUUGGGGAUUCAAAACAUUUUAUUCUGGUGUAAUUCUUUGGGUCUUAGUAGUCUCAUAGAGUCAGAGCAAUGGUUCUAACCUGUGGGUCACCUAAGACCAUUGGAAAACAUAGAUAUUUAUAUUACAAUUCAUGAUAGUAGGAAAAUUGCAGUUAUGAGGUAGAAGCAGCGUUAAUGACAAUAUUUUAUUAUUAAUGUUUUCAAAUUUUUAAAAUACUUUAAAAAAUCUUUCAGAAAGUCUAUAAAAACUAGAAACCAUAAAUAGCAAUUACAUCAUUAAGAGGACAAUUUGUUCCCAGAUUGGUAUAGACUACCCUUAUGAUGAGAACAGUCUAAAUGUGGACAGUCAUUUGUGCUAUUUGUCCAGUUGGAUAUAGUAGAAUAUUUUCAUAAAACAUGACCAUAAUUCCAUAAUUAUCAACUGUGAAACUUUAUUCACCUCAUUACCUUUGAGAACACUCCCAACCAUACAGGUCUUAAGUAGCUCAAUGAAUUUUGUACUGUUCUUAAGGAUAACAAAGCUGCUAAAAUAACUCAAAAAGGCAGCCAUCUAUUAGCAAGUAUCACACUAAAUAAAUAUUUCUUUAUGAUUCUCCUCUACUUGGAAGUUCACAGAGAUUGAGAUGUAUCUUCACCAUUUCAGGUUCAGUAAUUAGCACAGUGCCUGUUAUAGAAAUCUGUCCCAGAAGCUAAUUCUAUUAGCAACACUUGAACCAAGAUGUAAUUUUCAGUUACAUCAUGACUGAGUAUGUCUGAUUCUUCCAUACCUUUAGCCAGUUGUUUUCUUAAGGUGAUGUUAUAGCUUCUAAGUAAUUUCUCUACCUAUUUUUUCUAGCAGUUCAUUAUUUAUUGUUCAGUAACAAUAACUUUUAAUCCUAUGUUUCCUUUAAGUAGCAAUAAUGGGUAAGACACUAAGUACAAAUGUCAUUAAUGCAUUUGCAACCCCCAUUUUUUCAUUUUUAUUGGAUAUUUUCUUUAUCUACAUUUCAAAUAUUAUCCCCUUUCCAGAUUUCCUCUCCUGAAAAACCUUAUCCCAUCCACUCACUCCCUGCCUCCAUGAGGGUGCUCACCCACCCACCCACUUACUCCCUUCUGCCUCCCAACCCUGGCAUUCCCCUACACUGGGGCAUUGAGGUUUCACAGGACCAAGGCCUCUCCUCCCAUUGAUGCCCAAUAAGGCCAUCUUCUGCUACAUAUGCAGCUGGAGCCAUCUGUUGGUCUUUCUUAUUCUUGAGCUUCAUGUUAUCUGUAACAUGUCCCUGGGAGCUCUGGGGGGGGGGGGUCUGGUUUGUUGAUAUCGUCGUUCUUCCUAUGGGGUUGUAAGCCCCCUCAGCUACCUCAGUCCUUUCUCUAACUUCUCCAUUGGAGAUCUGGUUCUCACUGCAAUAUUUGGUUGUGAACUUCUACCACUGUAUUUGUCAGGCUCUGGCAGAACCUCUCAGGAGAAAACUAUAUCAGGCUCCUGUCAGCAUGCACCUCUUGGCAUCCCCAAUGGUGACUGGGAUUGGUGACUGCUUGUGAGAUGGAUCCCUAUGUGUGGCACUCUUUGGAUGGCCUUUCUUCAGUCUCUGCUCCAAAUUUGUCUCCAUAUUUCCUCCUACAAGUAUUUUGUUCCCCCUUCUAAGAAGUACUGAAUCAUCCACACUUUGGUCUUUCUUCUUGAGCUUCAUUUUAUCUAUAAAUUGUAUCUUGGGUAUUCUGAUGCAAUACCCAUUUUCUAAGUAUAAUUGCUUCAGUGAUUUUUUUUUCCACUUGAGGUAGGUAAUGCCCAAUGCUAUUACACAGAUAACUUAUUUCCUUUCUCUGAUAGUGAAAUAUGAGGCCCCUGCCAUAUGGUAUGAGAAAUAAAAUGAGGGAGGCAGGGGAAGAAAAAAAGAGAAAUAAAAUGAACAUAUUUUUAUGUUUGUAUUAACAUUAUUAUGCAGUAAAACAUCACAGUUCUAUAAAACGUUAAUUUAUUGAAAUGUGUCACAAAAAUAUGUUCUAUCAUUAUCAGAAAUAAAACAAAGAAAAGUGAAUGCCAAGAUUCUUCUUAACUCUUUGCAAAUGUUCUACUGAUAUACAACCCUUAUAGGUUUCAGAUUAUUGAGAAUAUGGCAUUUGAAUGGGAGGGUUUUAGAAACUCCCUCUGCUCCAGAAAGAACACAGCAAAUAUCCAUUGCCAGAAAUAACGAAAACAGAACUAUUUUGCAAAUACACAGGGUCAGCGGCUGAUGAGCUCUGCCUCAAGGAAUGCUAGUCCUAUGCUAUUUUCAUAGAACUGUCAUCCACUAUAUUGAAUCCUUGUUCCCUAGAUAAUGAUUCUAUUUGGGGCUUGAAAGGACCAGUCAUUGUAAAACACAUAAGGUCUUGUUUGUGCUCACAGAUAAACACUAGAGAAACCAGAAAUGUUAAACACCAGACUUGUCUCUACAACAAAAUGAUGUGUCAGUAUAUUUUCCACCUCCGAAAGCUGAGAGUGGAUGUAGUUAAUAACCUGGUAACCUUUUCUAUCUGUAGGACCUGGCCACACCUGAUUCUCCUAGACUAUUAACGUUUAUCCCAACCUCUUCCUCUCUAGACCUUUAUCAUAAGCAUUGCUUUUCAGUCAAUAGAACCCAUCCUUAAGAGAGAUAUCACAUGUUCCUUAUAGACUGGUGACCUCUACCUCAUCAAUAUGAUGGGGACCACAGCAGAUGUUUGCUCCUAAGCUAUAAAACUCAUUUGCAUGGUAGAGGCUACAUGUGCUUUGCAAAAAAAGUGCUUUUUAUGUAGCCUCGCCUUAACAUUUAUUGUUCACAUAUGAUUGAGAUAAUUGUUAGCAGUAAAAACUUUUUCCCAAAAAUUUACUGUAUAUAAAUAUCUCUAAAUAAAGCUGCCUGGUGACCAACUCUA